CCUCAGGAUAGUCGGCUGUGGCCUACACGCCCCAUGGUGCUGUGCGGCGUAGGCCGCUCCCGGAUGUGUGCCUGGCGCCGGAAGAGAAGGCGGCCCCCCUCUCUCGGCCCGGCCAUCUUGUGGGAAGAGCUGAAGCAGGCGCUUUUGGCUCGGCGCGGUCCGCUGCAAUCCGUGGAGGAACGCGCCGCCGAGCCACCAUCAUGCCUGGGCACCUACAGGAAGGCUUCGGCUGCGUGGUCACCAACCGAUUCGACCAGCUAUUUGACGACGAAUCGGACCCUUUCGAGGUACUGAAGGCAGCAGAGAACAAGAAAAAAGAAGCCGGCGGGGGCGGCGUUGGGGGCCCCGGGGCCAAGAGCGCGGCUCAGGCCGCGGCCCAGACCAACUCCAACGCGGCAGGCAAACAGUUGCGGAAAGAGUCCCAGAAAGACCGCAAGAACCCGCUGCCCCCCAGCGUCGGCGUGGCUGACAAAAAGGAGGAGACGCAGCCGCCGGUGGCGCUUAAGAAAGAAGGAAUAAGGCGAGUUGGAAGAAGACCUGAUCAACAACUUCAGGGUGAUGGGAAAAUAAUUGAUAGGAGACCAGAAAGGCGACCACCUCGUGAAAGAAGAUUUGAAAAGCCACUUGAAGAAAAAGGUGAAGGAGGUGAAUUUUCAGUUGAUAGACCGAUCAUCGAACGGCCUAUCCGAGGCCGAGGUGGUCUUGGAAGGGGUCGAGGUGGCCGUGGCCGUGGAAUGGGCCGAGGUGAUGGAUUUGAUUCUCGUGGCAAGCGUGAAUUUGAUAGGCAUAGUGGAAGUGAUAGAUCUUCUUUUUCACAUUACAGUGGCCUGAAGCAUGAGGACAAACGUGGAGGUAGCGGAUCUCACAACUGGGGAACUGUCAAAGAUGAAUUAACAGAGUCACCCAAAUACAUUCAGAAACAAAUAUCUUAUAAUUGCAGUGAUUUGGAGCAAUCAAAUGUGACUGAGGAAACACCCGAAGGUGAAGAGCACCCAGUGGCAGACACUGAAAAUAAGGAGAACGAAGUUGAAGAGGUUAAGGAAGAGGGUCCAAAAGAGAUGACUUUGGAUGAGUGGAAAGCUAUUCAAAAUAAAGACCGAGCAAAAGUAGAAUUUAAUAUCCGAAAACCAAAUGAAGGUGCUGAUGGACAAUGGAAAAAGGGAUUUGUUCUGCAUAAAUCAAAAAGUGAAGAGGCUCAUGCGGAAGAUUCAGUUAUGGACCAUCAUUUCCGGAAGCCAGCAAAUGAUAUAACGUCUCAACUGGAGAUCAAUUUUGGAGACCUAGGCCGCCCAGGACGUGGUGGCAGAGGAGGACGUGGUGGACGUGGGCGUGGUGGUCGUCCUAAUCGUGGCAGCAGGACUGAUAAGUCAAGUGCUUCUGCUCCUGAUGUAGAUGACCCAGAGGCAUUCCCCGCUCUGGCCUAACUGGAUGCCAUAAUACAACACUGGUUCCUUUGUGGACCCUCCUGUUCAAAGCUUUUGCAUGCUUAAGGAUCCCAAACAACUAAGAAUUAAAAAAAAAAAAAAAAGACUGUCAUUCAUACCAUUCACACCUAAAGACUGAAUUUUAUCUGUUUUGAAAACGAACUUCUCUAGCUACACAGAAGUAACAAAUAUGUUAGUCAGUUUUGUAUUUAGAAAUGUAUUGGUAGCAGGGAUGUUUUCAUAAUUUUCAGAGAUUAUGCAUUCUUCAUGAAUACUUUUGUAUUGCUGCUUGCAAAUAUGCAUUUCCAAACUUGAAAAUAUAGGUGUGAACAGUGUGUACCAGUUUAAA